AUGCUGUUUCCAAACAGAGAUAUUGACACAACCCUAAAGACAGGCAUCAAUCAUGGAAAUAAAUGUGCAAAUCUUUUACGAAGAAAUGGAACUGGCUAUUCAAUCCAUGCCAAGAAUGAUAUAAACAAUGCCCAAGAACUUACAACAAAAAUAUCAAACGGGAAGCAAGAUACAGAGAAGCCAGGUCAAGAGCGUAGUUCGUUUCUUCCAAAUGUAUACAGUACUGACUUGGAUUUCAGGACAUACAGUCGACAGUGGGUCAAUAAUAGAAGUCAAAACUAUGAAAAAAGCUCCAUUAAGAAAGAAGAUAAAACAGAUUAUCAAGAAAUUCAGACACAAGUAGAGGGACAAAACACAAAAGAAGAGACAACCUAUGCACGUGCAUAUCAUACCAGUCCCUUUAUUGACAGAGUUAAUAGAGGCACAAUAUCCAAUUUUAGUAAUAACUUGCAGCACGAUAGAAUUUCCAUAGAUUGUAAAGAGUUUGAGAAACCCAAAACUCUUACAAAGGAACAACCUGUAAUUUCAAACACAAAGGGAAAAAUGAAAAGAAGAAAAACACCACAAGGUUUGCCAAACAUUGGAAACACAUGCUAUGCUAAUUCCCUCCUACAGAUACUGAGUGAGACUCCAGAUUUAUUCGAGGUAGUAUUACUAUGUGCUGAGAAUAGUUCACCUGUGUAUAAUAUGAAGGUAAAUAGCUUGUUUUUUGGGGAUACAUUGAAAAUAGAGUUUAUGGUACAACAUACAUACAUUUAAACUUCAAUACACUUCAACUUUAUGUCAAAGAUUGCUAAACUCGUCUUCACAACAAGACAUCUAUUUGAUAUCUUUAGCAUGAAAUAGAGAUAUAUUUUACAUACGAAA